AUGGGAGCCGGGGCCAGCGCCGAGGAGAAGCAUUCCCGAGAGCUGGAGAAGAAGCUCAAGGAAGACGCUGAGAAGGAUGCCAGGACCGUCAAGCUGCUGCUGCUGGGAGCAGGGGAGUCGGGGAAGAGCACCAUUGUCAAGCAGAUGAAGAUCAUCCACCAGGACGGUUACUCGCUGGAGGAAUGCCUGGAGUUCAUUGCCAUCAUUUACAGCAACACGCUCCAGUCCAUGCUGUCCAUCGUGCGGGCCAUGACCACCCUCAGCAUCCAGUACGGGGACACGGCUCGCCAGGACGAUGCCCGUAAGCUGCUGCACCUCUCGGACACCAUCGAGGAGGGCACCAUGCCCAAGGAGAUGUCAGAAAUCAUCGGGCGGCUCUGGAAGGACUCGGGCAUCCAGGCCUGCUUCGACCGCGCCUCCGAGUACCAGCUCAACGACUCUGCGGGCUACUACCUGUCCGACCUGGAGCGCCUGGUGACCCCCGGCUACGUCCCCACAGAGCAGGACGUGCUGCGUUCCCGUGUCAAGACAACCGGCAUCAUCGAGACCCAGUUCUCCUUCAAAGACCUCAACUUCAGGAUGUUCGACGUGGGCGGGCAGCGCUCAGAGAGGAAGAAGUGGAUCCACUGCUUCGAGGGUGUGACCUGCAUCAUCUUCAUCGCGGCUCUCAGUGCCUACGACAUGGUCCUAGUGGAGGAUGAUGAAGUGAACCGCAUGCAUGAGAGCCUGCACCUCUUCAACAGCAUCUGCAACCACCGCUACUUUGCCACCACCUCCAUCGUCCUCUUCCUCAACAAGAAGGACGUCUUCCUGGAGAAGAUCAAGAAGGCCCACCUCAGCAUCUGCUUUCCCGACUAUGACGGUCCCAACACCUACGAUGAUGCGGGCAACUACAUCAAGCUGCAGUUCCUGGAGCUGAACAUGCGGCGGGACGUGAAGGAGAUCUACUCCCACAUGACCUGCGCCACCGAUACCGAGAACGUCAAGUUCGUCUUCGACGCCGUCACUGACAUCAUCAUCAAGGAGAACCUCAAGGACUGCGGGCUGUUCUGAGCCCCAGGCGAGCACCCCCUGCCCUGGGGCCCAGCCCUCCUGCUGACCCCAUCCCAUCUCCACACCCACCUCCGCUUGCCGCAAACCCCUGGGAUUUGACAUGCUCAGCUCCAAAGCCACCUCUGGUGAAGAGGGGAGGGGGAGUGGGGCACAAUCUCACUCCCCCUCCCCACCAACUUGCCCACCAGUCAGCACUGUGGGGCCCCCAGUUCUGCUGGGGGUCUCUGGGGCUCCAGGUUCUAGGGAUACUUGGAUGACCCUGGAUACUACAGGGUGCUGGAUACUUUCAGGUCCCUGGGUAACCCUUGGAGCUGUGGGGUACAGGGGUUCCCUUGGGUGCUGAGGGUCCCUGAGUACCCCUUGGAGCAGAGGAUGUUUGGGGGUCCUGGGAGUCCCUAGGUAUUUGAGGGAUGCUGGGGUGUCCCUGGGUUUCCUUUAGAGCUGAGAGGUGCUGGGGGUUCCCAGAUGACCCUUGGCACUGGGGAGACUGGGGGAUUUUGGGUGCCCCUUGGUGCUGGGAGUCCCUGGUACCCCUUGGAGCUGAGGGGUGCUAGGGGUUCCCUUGGAUGCUGGGGGGUCCUGGAUGCCCUCUGAAGCUCUAGGUGCUGGGAUGGUCCCUCAGGAGCUGCUGGGUGUCCAUGAGUGCCCCCUGGAGCUGGGGGUGCUGGAAGUCUCCAGGAACGCUUCAGAGCUGCGGGUUCUUUAGGUGUGGGGUGUCCAUGGGUGAUGGUUCCUGUAGGCUGCUGGGGUCAAGGGUUCAAGGCUGUAUCUCCCUCUGGGCUACAGAUCAUUGGGUGUUCCUGAGUACUGGGUGUCCCUAGGGCCUGUGUGGUACUGGGGCUUCCUUGGUGCCACCAUGCCACCGCAGCAGAGCCAGGGGGUGGUCAUGUGUUUGUUCCUCCCCACCCCACAGUCCCUCGGGGUAGGGCUCAGCCCUGCAGCACCAUCCCAGCCACAGCCCCAAGGGUCCCACCACUGCCCUCACCUCCCACCACCAGGGGCUUCUCCUGACCCCAGGGGGAUGCCAACCCACCUUUUGUCCCUCUCCCAGCCCCAGGGACCAUCCCAGCCC